AUGGCUGCUGGCCGGCAAGGCAGAGGCGAGAUGUCUGGUGGCGCCACCCCGCUGUUCUUGGCAGCCCGGGGUGGUCACGCGGAGGUCAUCGCCUGGCUGCUCGCAAAGAAGGCCGAGGUGGACAGGGCCACGGAGGCUGGGGCGACGCCGCUGUACAUCGCCGCUCACGGCGGACGUGCAGAGGCCAUAAGUAGGCUAUUGGCAGGCGGAGCUGUGCCAGAUGGAGAGGCUGGCAUCGGGAGAACGCCGCUGCACUGCGCUGUGAGCGGCUGCCACACCGAGGCGACGGAUCCACCCGGAGGCGGCGGCGCUGUGCCUCGACCAGAGCAUGUCUGGCUCUGCGUGUUGCUCGGGAAUGUCCACGGCGCGCGCAGGCUGGCCGCCGCCCUCGGCUACUCGCGGGAGCUCUGGAAGAGCGGCGGCAAGCUCUGCCUCGGCCUCCUGGCCGUGUGCUCCCUGUUAUGGGCCUCAUGCAUUGGUUUGUUAUGGGGGCACAGUGAGCUUCGACCUGAGGCUUCCGUUGCAAGCUUGAGCAGUUUAAGAUAUUGCCCUGCGUCAGAACCAGUGUAG